AUGUCCAAAUUUUAAUAAGAUGGUAUAACCAUCUGUUUACUGGGGGGGUUCCAGAAGUGGCCUUCCAGUGCUCAACAUUCCUUCACUCCUCACAAAUGUGGAUUAAGGUUUGUUAAAUAAUUUACAUGGCAUUAUAAGGAUUAUUUAUAGAAAUUGAAUGGCAAACCAAUUUAAGUGCCAGUGAGGAUUUUCACUUCUCCGAAAGAAGGGAAAUAUAAUGAUGGUUAUGAUAAUGAAAACCAUGAUCUUAUAAUCAGAUAAUAUGACAAAUUAUACAACAGCAAAAAGAAUAUAACAUAUAUUUGCGAGGCUCUGUUAGGUGCAGGAACAUUCGGCUAAGUGAUAAAAUGCAGUGUAGAAGGAACGAAACAAUAAGUUGCAAUAAAGAUCAUAAAAAAUUAACAUGCUUUUCAAAAACAACAAAAAAUAGAAAUAAAUGUGCUAAGAACUCUCUAAACAUUCUCAAAAGAGCAAAACAUUUAAAAAAAUCGUAUAAUCUAACUAAAUGAUUAAUUUCUACACAAGAAACACGCGUGCCUAGUUUUCCCUUUGUUGGCAUAGAACUUAUUUGAAGUGAUGAAGACAAAUCGAUAAGAAGCAUUUAGUGUAUCGUUGGUCCGAAAAUUUCUCAAUCAAAUAGUGACUGGACUCACAGUGGCUGAACAAUGUGGAGUUGUUCAUGCUGAUCUGAAACCAGAGAAUAUAAUGAUCGAAUAAAAGCAGCCUGUAUUGGAUGAUUGUUCUCUUUAAAUCAUUGAUUUUGGAUCCAGUUGCUUUAUGAAUGACAAACACCCUUAUAUCUACAUUCAAAGUCGUUUCUACAGAGCUCCAGAGAUAAUUUUAGAGAAUCACUAUUACAAUACUAAAAUUGAUAUCUGGAGUUUGGGUUGUAUAGCAGUGGAAUUAUUAUAGGGUAAUCCCCUUUUUCCUUGUGGGGACCAAUACUCCUGUUUGGAGCGAAUCAUUCAAGUGACCAGACCUACAAUAAGUAAUGCGUUUGAAUAUGAUAUUUUAGCUAUGCAGGGAUAUGUGAAAACUGCUCCUGCUUCAAAAAAAUACUUUAACUUACUUCAAAAUGAUACUUUUCAAUUAAAAUCGAGGGAGCAAUUCACAGCUGAGUUUCCUCACUUAAAAAUAAAAACUAAAGAGGGGUACAAUUCUAUGCAUCCUAUAAAGAUACUUACCGAUCUAGCCCAAUAUUACAAUUAGCAAUCUUCAAAAGAUCAACCUACAUUCAAUUAAUUUCUGGAUUUCGUGUAGAAAUGUCUUGAAUGGGAGCCAAGUGCUAGGAUGUCUGCCUAGGAUGCUAGUUAACACCCAUUUUUGACUGGAUAAAAUCAAGGAUUUGAAAUCAACAUAGAUUUAGAUGACUUGUUUGCAAAAUUGGAUACGUAAUCUAAUUAAAGUAGUACUUCCUCUUUUUAUGAAGACCAACCAGAGUUUUGA